UACCGAGAACGCCUAGUUGAUUUUUUCUUCUUCGGUUGACAUUUUUCACCAUCUUUCUUAAUGCAAGUUGAGCGGGUUUUUUCAUUUAAAGACGAAUUCAAUAGCGAUAAAAUAGAAGUGCGGAUACCUGAGGUAAAGAUCAGUGAAGUUCUUGUUUAUAUUUUUAUUAUAUAGUUUAUGCUUUUCCAACACAGCUGUAGUCAAUGCAGAGAUUCCAACCCCAUGUGAUGGAAAAUAGGGAGUAAUUAUUAGUGCCAAAGGCGCGAGCUUCUAGGGGGGUCAGGGGGCAUGCCCCCGGGAAAUUUUGCAAAUUUAGGUUCUCUCAAGUGCCAUUUCCUGAAUUUUGACAUCAUUCCGGCCUGAGUUAUAACAUACCAUAAUGCUCUUCGCGAAGAAAGUAAGUAUAAUAUGAGUGUUUCACAGUGACAGAUCGCCAAAAAUUCUAAAGAUUAGCAAUUUUCCCCUAGUUUUCAGAAUUUUAUGAUAAAUCGGGAGAAUUUGGUAAAAAUCGGGAGAGCGGGAGGCAAGACAUCAAAUCGGGAGACUCCCGAUCAAAUCGGGAGGGUUGGAAUCUCUGUCAAUGUCAGCCCAAUUUAGAUGAAAUUCCUUUCAACACAUUUAGAUUGUGGACCCUCAGUAUGGAAUGUUUACGUGGCCAGCAGCUCCAGUUCUUGCACAAUAUAUUUGGUAUAAUAGAGAUCAAGUAGAAGGAAAACACGUUGUGGAGGUAAAUUUUAACUAUCAAAUUCACUGAACGAACAUCAUAAGAAUUGUACGGCGGACAGGGUAAGGGAGAAUUACUAACAAGAUCUCAGGGGUGAAAGGGUUACAUAGUCAUGGUCAGUAAGGAUCUAUACUUGAUAAAAAAAUUUUUGAUAAGAUAAUUUGUUGAUGUUGGCAAGAGUGACACAAUAGUGAGUUAUAAUGAAGUUAUAUGUCAAUUUUCAGUGCAACUUCAGAAAUUCAAGUAUGGUCCUGAAGAUCAGUAUUGAAUUUCUGAACACAAACAAAGCUCACAGGACAGUACUAGAAUGAGAAUUUUGAUAAUACUCCAGACUGGAUGUGAAAGUGAAAUAAUGGAAGAUUACUGUCCCUUUAUUAAAACUUAAGCUAUGCAAAACCUCAAAAAAAGUAUGACAUAACCCUUUAACUCCCAGAAGUGACUGAGACAGAAUUUCUCCUUACAAUAUUGGAAAAAGGCUAAAAGGUUUUUAAUAAAAAAAAUAUUAAUUCAGAUAUUAUCAGUUGAUCUUACAAUACCAAAUUUUCCAAACUAACAUCAUCAGAAUUCUGAUCAACAGUAAAGAGAAUUAAUGAGUAUAUAGGCAUAAGAGGGUUAAAUUAGUCCAGACACAUGUAAAAUGUAGAACAUGCGCGAUUUCUGUGGAGCGUAUUUAAGGCAAGCAGAGCUACAUGCUACUUGCCCUGUAGGCAUGUCCUUUAUGAGAAAAUCAUACUCUUCUGAAAAAUGACUGUUUUGUAAGCUGGACAAGUCUGCAUCCACUGUUAGUGAUUACCUUUUCUUUACUUGAUCAACAGAUUGGUGCAGGAACAGCCUUACCUGGUUUGGUUGCCUCAUUGUGUGGUGCAAAUGUUACUCUGACAGACAAGGAAGAGUAUCCUCAAUGCUUAGAAAACUGUAGACAGAGCUGCCAUGCUAAUGGUCAGAAGGCAAUACAAGUUGUUGGCAUUACCUGGGGACAGUUUACACCAAACCUUUUAAAACUUCCCAAGGCUGAUAUAAUUCUUGGUUCAGACUGUUUCUAUGACACAAAAGGUAACUUGGCACCAUUACUUUCCCCACCACUGAAUCAAAACUCUGAGUUGCUCUCUGACUACAGUUAUGUAAUCUUUGUUUUCUGUAAUUUUGUGAUACAGAUUUUGAUGACAUUUUGGCAACUGUCUCCUUUCUAAUGGUGAAAAAUUAUCAGGCCAAGUUUUGGUCAACAUAUCAAGAGAGAAGGUGAAUUCUUUCAUACAGUAUGCUAUUUACAACAUUAUUUAACCCUUUCACUCCCUGAUCUCAUAAGUAAUUCUCCUUACUGUCUGCCAUAUAGUUCUUGUGUUGUUAGUUUUGAGAAUUUGGUAUUGGAUCAUAUAAUAAUUCCCUAUUUAAUAUAUUUUUUUAUUCUCAUCAUUCGUCUGCUUGAUAUAGUAGUGAUAUUGUAAAGAGAAAUUCUGUCUUGGUCACUCUUGGGAGUUAAAAGGGUUAAAAUUACUGUGAAUCUCAGAAUACCAUGAACUAAGAAAUAUUUCUGGAAUGUUAUUGUCUUUCCACCAAAAAAAGCCAAUCAGGAAACUACUUCAAUGUGUCUCUGCUAAAAGAUGUCUUAAUUAAAUACUGUUUUUUCACAACUUUGGACAUCAGAUUAAUGUCACCUUUUUAUUUUAAAAAUUUAUACUUUAAUUUGUUGCAGUUCCAGUCAUUCCAUUGAAUAUUUGUUGAAAAAAUGGGGUCUAAAAGGUAUCCAAAUACCACUGGAGGGAUUUAAUGCAAAUGAUGGGAACAUUGGUGGAUCCAAUCUGUCUGAUUUACACACCAUUCAGAUGUUGGAGAUAACACGUCAAUAA